AGACUGAAGAGACGAGAAGAGAACGCAGAGAGGAGAUGUGAGCUUCAGGAAGAGAAGAAGAAGAAGAAGAAGAAGAAAUGCAAGGGCUCCAUCACCAGCAGCAGCAGCUGGCGGCUCUCCUCUCGGCCGCCCUCCCCAAGGACUCGAUCGACCUUCCUUCUUCUGCUUCAUCAUCGUCGUCGUCGUCGUCCACUUCGAAGCUCGCUGCCGUCCCUUCUUCUGCUUCUGCUGACACCGACGAUUCAGCUCGACUCGCCGCCAUCAGCUCCCUCCACAGGGCCAUCCUCUACCCUCCCAACUCCCUCCUCGUCGCCCACUCCGCCUCCUUCCUCUCCCAGGGUCUCUCCCAGCUCCUCUCCGAUCAAUCCUACUCCGUGAGACAGGCUGCAGCCACCGCCUAUGGAGCCCUCUGUGCUGUAGUAUGUUCAAUCCCCAUAACCUCAAAUACCAGACAGAACCAUGUCAUCCUUGGUGCUAUGGUGGAUCGGUUCAUCAGUUGGGCGCUCCCAUUGCUCAACAAUGUCGGUGCUGGAGACAGAACGGCAGAACUGGCGCUGGACAGCCUUAGGGAGUUCCUUAAUGUCGGAGAUGUUAAUGGAAUUGAAAGAUAUUCAUUGCCAAUUCUCAAAGCGUGCCAGCAACUUCUUGAAGAUGAGAGAACCUCCCUGAGCUUGCUGCACCGGCUUCUUGGGGUUCUAACCUUGGUUUCCUUGAAGUUUAUGAGAUGCUUCCAACCUCAUUUUCUUGACAUUGUGGAUCUUCUUCUUGGAUGGGCAUUGGUGCCGGACCUUUCUGACUCUGAUAGGCGAGUUAUCAUGGAUUGUUUCUUGCAAUUUCAAAAACAUUGGGUUGCCAAUUUGCAGUUUUCCCUUGGAUUACUGUUAAAGUUUCUCGGUGACAUGGAGACACUGCUUCAGGAUGGAGGCCUUGGGACCGCCCAACAAUUCCGGAGGUUGCUUGCGCUGCUAUCUUGUUUUACAGCAGUCCUGCAGUCCACUGCCUCUGGCUUGUUGGAAUUGAACUUACUUGAACAAAUAAGCGAGCCCCUUAGCAAAAUGCUUCCUCGGUUUUUGGCCAGCCUAUCAAUAGUUGGACGAAGGUUUGGGUGGUCAAAAUGGUAUGGUGAUUUGUGGAGGUGUCUGACCCUGUUGGCAGAAAUUUUACGUGAGAAAUUUGCUGCCUUUUAUCCGCUUGCUGUUGAUACCUUAUUUCAGAGUUUGGAAAUGACUGACGAUGCAUCACCCAGUCUACGAGGAAAAGUCAGUUCGGUUCAUGUUCAUGGAGUUCUUAAGACAAAUCUCCAGUUGUUGUCUCUGCAGAAGCUUGGCCUUCUCCCUUCAUCUGUACAGAAAAUACUGCAUUUCAACUCUUCAGUGUCUCGGUUGCGUCUGCAUCCUAAUCAUGUAGUGACUGCAAGUUCUGCUGCUACAUAUGUUUUCUUGCUGCAACACAGUAACCAAGAAGUUGUGGAUCAGGCAGUGGCUUUGUUGCUGGUGGAAUUGAGAAUUCUAAGAAGCAUGGUGGAAAAAGCCUUCACCCAUGGAGAUGAAAUCUACUAUAGUGAUUCUAAGUCAUACUCGAAACUCGAAUUGUGUGCUUUAGUAAAGUUUGAUUUGAAAGUACUAUUGACUUGUGUAGUUUUAGAUGGAAUUGAGGCUUUGAUUAGUCAACCAGACAUUGCCAUCCUAUAUCUGAAGAGGUCAGACACACUCAUACAUUUUAUUUUUGAGAAUCUGCACCCUUUUGACAGUCUGAUAAUGGCCUCUGUGGAGUUACAAGUCACUGUUUUUGGGACGCUGGAGAGGCUCAGUAAAGUUGAAUUCUUGAGCAAGUAUGUGACCUGUGAAGAAAAGGCCCUUGAUACUUCCUAUAGGGUCUUGCAUUCGACUUUAAUUGGGGAGCAUGGUAGGAAGUACAGUAGGCUCCUUGUCAAAGCUCUUCAUGCAUCUUCCCCUCUUGCUGUAAAACUAGAAGCCUUGAAAUGGAUUCAAAGAUUUUGCGAGGAUGUUAUUAAUUUAGCGAAGCAUUCUGAGGCAGAUCCUUACCAUUUCAAAUCAUUUUUACAUACAGGUGCAUUGUGGAAUAUUAUUGUGUCUGUUCUGGAUGCAGCAUCUGAUAAGGAACAAAAAGUGAGGUCACAUGUUACGUUGGUCUUGGAGCUGCUUCUGCGAGCAAGACUUGUGUAUGGGAUGAGCUUGUAUCCAAUAGCCCACAGAGUUCUCGAAAAGCUCGGUGAUCCUGAUAAUAAUAUAAGGAAUACAUUUGUAGGGCUACUGUCGAAUGUGUUGCCUGCUAUGGUCUAUUCAUGUGGCCUUUGUGAAUAUGGGACUUCCCUAGCAUGUGGACCCUAUUCUUUUGAGACCAAUAGCUCAGUCUUGCACUGGAAGCAAUUGUUUUCUUUAAGGCAGUUGCCCCAGCGGCUUCAAGCACAACAGCUUGUUUCGGUUCUGAGCUACAUUUCUCAGAGGUGGAAGGUGCCUCUUUCGUCCUGGAUCCAGCGGCUCAUCCACAGCUGUCGGAAAUCAGAUGAUCUUUUGCCCACCCAAUCCGAGGAUAUGGGCGAUCUCAGUGCCUCUGAGUCUUGGUUGGAUGUUAAAGUAGAUGAAGAAUAUCUUGAAAAAGUUUGUUCCUCUAGUGUCUUGGCUGGUGCCUGGUGGGCUGUACAAGAAGCAGCGAGAUAUUGUACUUCAACACGCCUUCGAACGAAUCUUGGUGGGCCCAGCCAAACUUUUGCUGCUUUGGAGCGAAUGCUUGUGGACGUUGCUCAUGUACUGCCACUUGACAGUGAGCAAAAUGAUGGGAGUCUUAGUAUAAUUAACUCUUCUGGUGCUCACCUGCUACCUAUGAGAUUACUGCUGGAUUUUGUUGAGGCCUUGAAGAAGAAUGUUUAUAAUGCUUAUGAGGGAUCUGCAGUACUAGGACCCGUCUCUCGUGCGAGUUCCUUGUUCUUUCGUGCCAAUAAAAAGGUCUGUGAGGAGUGGUUUUCUCGUAUAUGUGAGCCCAUGAUGAAUGCCGGGUUGGCACUGCAAUGUCCUUAUGCUAUAAUUCAGUACUGUAGUUUGCGAUUAUAUGAUCUUCAUAGUAUUGUAUCUUCAGCUUUCAAGGACAAAUCUAGGGGACAGAAGUCAAAUUUGGAGGGCAUCAGAAGUAGAUUUUCUGGAGAUGUCUUACGAGUCCUAAGGCAUAUGACACUGGCUCUCUGUAGGAUCCAUGAACCGGAGGCUUUACUUGGGCUAUUAACAUGGGCUUCACAGUCAUUUUAUCCUUUGUUUCUUGAAGAUAACCAGUCUAUAGAUCACAGUGGGAUCUCAGGACCCUUCACGUGGAUCAAUGGACUUGUGUACCAGGCAAAAGGUCAAUAUGAAGGGGCUGCUGCAUACUUUACUCACUUGCUUCAGUCUGAGGAUUCUCUAAGGUCCAUGGAUUCUGAUGGAGUACAGUUUGUUAUAGAGCGAAUAAUUGAGAGCUAUUCUGCUUUGUCUGAUUGGAAGUCUCUAGAAUCUUGGUUAUUAGAGCUGCAAACGCUUCGUGCCAAAUAUGCUGGGAAGAGCUAUUCUGGUGCUUUGACAACAGCUGGCAAUGAAAUCAAUGCCAUUCAUGCCUUGUCACGUUUUGAUGAAGGUGAUUUUCAUGCUGCAUGGGCAUGUCUUGAUUUGACACCUAAAAGUAGUGGUGAGCUCACACUUGACCCUAAACUGGCCCUACAGAGGAGUGAGCAAAUGCUCUUACAGGCACUACUUCUUCAGGUCGAAGGGAAGAUUGACAAGUUGCCUGAGGAUCUACAGAAGGCCAAGCAAAUGCUGGAGGAGAACUUGUCUGUUUUAGCACUGGAUGGGUUAGAAGAUGCUGCUGCAGUUGCCACUCAGUUGCACUGCAUUGCUGUGUUUGAAGAUGGACUUAGCGUUGAAGGUAGAGAGGAGAGGUCAAAACAGUUCUAUUCUGCACUGCCGUCAUAUUUCCAGCUGAUGCAGAGUCCAAUUAGUAAAACACGCCAAGAUUGUUCCCCAUGGCUGAAAGUUCUUCGAGUUUAUCGGACAAUUUACCCGAGUUCUCCUCUCACUCUGAACCUCUGCAUGAACUUGUCCAGUUUAGCUCGGAGGCAGAAGAACCUAUUGCUGGCUCAUCAUCUCAAUGACUAUCUCAGAGAGCAUCUACCCAGAUGCUCAGAGGAGAGAUUCUGCAAUUCUCUAGCCUCUAAUUUGGAAUAUGAGAGGAUUCUGCUCGCCUAUGCUGAAAACAAGUAUGAAGAUGCUUUUACUAGUCUCUGGUCAUUUCUGCGUCCCUGCAUAGUUUCCUCAGCAUCCUCAGUUUCUGAAACAAAUGAAAGUAUAUUAAAGGCAAGGGCAUGCUUGAAACUUGCAGACUGGCAACGUGAUCAUUCAGUGUCAUUUUUUGAGGUAAUUGCUCCGAUGAUGGAAGAAGAUUUCAAUACUCCCUUUCUUCAUGUUGACAGAGAUGGGAAUUUUUCUAGUGAUGGCAGCUUAAACUACAAGCAGAGUGCAGGGCCAAUUAUUGAUGAAAUUAUGGGCACAGCUACAAAAUUGUCGACUCAACUUUGUCCUUAUAUGGGCAAGGCUUGGAUGUCUUAUGGCAGCUGGUGUUUCAUUCAGGCCCGGAAUUCCAUCCUGAAUCCACAUGAUUCUGUUCUUAAGUCAUGCUCGUUUUCUCCUUUGCUCGUGUCAGAAAUUCAACCAGGUAGGUUCAUGUUGAGUGAAGAUGAAGUCGAAAAUAUACGGGCUGUGAUUUUGCAGAUUUUUCUUAAGCUGGGUGAGGACUGUAAGUUGAAUAAUAAAAAGGAAGACCAACAUGAUCGGAUCGCGUCCUCAGAGGAUUUGACCAAUAACCAGCUUUUCAAGGCUUUGAUAGAGCAAGUAGUGAAUAUCCUUGAAGCUGCUGCUGGGGCACCUGGUGCAGAGGAAUCCAGUGGCGAAUCACUUUCUACCACUGUUGCUUCAAGGUUACAUAAGUCAUUCCUUAAUGCAAAUGUAAAGCUAGAGGUCAAUGAGUUGGAUCAGCUAGUUGACAUAUGGUGGACUUUGAGGAAAAGAAGAGUGUCACUUUUCGGCUAUGCAGCUCGGGGAUUCUCACAGUACCUUUCAUGUUCAUCUUCAAAGUUUUGCAAUGGACAGCUGAUUGGUUCGGUCAGUGAGUCACUGAAAACUGGCUGUUACACUUUAAAGGCAACAUUGUAUCUCUUGCACAUUCUUCUCAAUUAUGGAGUUGAAUUACUAGAUACUCUCGAACCUUCUCUAUCUGCUGUUCCUCUUUGGCCAUGGCAGGAAAUAAUUCCCCAAUUGUUUGCUCGCUUAAGUUCCCACCCAGAACAAGCCGUCCGAAGGCAAUUACAGAACUUGUUGAUGAUGCUGGGCAAGCGAUCUCCAUGGUCCAUAGUGUACCCAACUUUAGUUGAUGUAAAUGCCAACCAAGAGAAUCAUUUAGAUGAGCUUCAGCAAAUACUUGGCUGCUUGAGAGAGCUUCAUCCAAGACUGAUUCAGGAUGUCCAACUCAUGAUCGACGAGCUCGGCAACGUGACUGUUCUGUGGGAGGAGCUUUGGCUUAGUACCCUUCAAGAUCUUCAUGCAGAUGUGAUGAGGCGCAUCCAUGUUCUCCGGGAGGAAGCUGCAAGAAUUGCAGAAAACACUACAUUGAGCCAGUCCGAGAAGAAUAAAAUAAAUGCUGCUAAAUAUUCAGCCAUGAUGGCUCCAAUUAUUGUAACUCUCGAGCGUCGCUUGGCCUCUACUUCUCAUAAACCUGUUACACCACAUGAGUUGUGGUUCCAUCAGAAUUACAUGGAGCAGUUGAAAUCUGCCAUUUGGUCUUUCAAGACUCCUCCAAAAUCUGCUUCUGCUCUAGGGGAUGUAUGGCGUCCAUUUGAUGCAAUUGCUGCAUCUUUAGCAUCCUAUCAAAGGAAGUGUUCAGUUUCAUUAGGUGAAGUAGCUCCGCAGUUGGCUCUCCUGUCGUCUUCGGAUGUUCCCAUGCCUGGCCUCGAGAAGGAGGUCAAUGAUUUUGAAUCUGAUGGAGGUCUCACAUCUUCUCAGGGGAUCAUCACUAUUGCUUCCUUCCUUGAACAAGUAGUGAUUCUAUCCACCAAAACUAAGCCUAAGAAGAUCAACAUAAUGGGUUCAGAUGGUCAAAAGUACACAUAUCUGUUAAAAGGGAGGGAAGAUUUGCGACUUGAUGCUAGAAUUAUGCAGUUAUUGCAAGCAAUUAACUGCUUAUUGCACUCAUCUCCAGCCACACGUACUCACCCAAUCAAUAUUCGUUAUUAUUCUGUGACUCCAAUCAGUGGUCGGGCUGGUCUAAUUCAGUGGGUGCACAAUGUGAUAAGUAUAUACAGCGUCUUUAAGUCCUGGCAAACCCGUGCCCAAUUAGCCCAGCUUUCAUCUUCGGCCACUGGUGAUACAAAAAAUGUAGCUCCCUCCAUUCCCCGUCCCAGUGACAUGUUCUAUGGUAAGAUCAUUCCAGCCCUCAAGGAGAAAGGCAUAAAAAGAGUUAUUUCUCGGAGGGAUUGGCCUCAAGAUGUUAAGCGGAAAGUUCUUAUGGAUCUUAUGAAGGAGGUCCCUAGGCAGCUCCUUUAUCAGGAGCUUUGGUGUGCCAGUGAAGGAUUUAAAGCCUUCAAUUCAAAAUUGAAAAGGUAUUCUGGAAGUGUUGCGGCCAUGAGCAUGGUGGGACAUAUUUUAGGCCUUGGAGACAGACAUCUUGAUAAUAUUCUUGUGGAUUUCUGUAGCGGUGAUAUAGUGCAUAUUGAUUACAAUGUUUGCUUUGAUAAAGGGCAGAGACUGAAAGUUCCAGAAGUUGUUCCUUUUCGACUCACCCAUACGAUAGAAGCAGCUUUAGGGUUGACUGGUGUAGAAGGUACCUUUAGAGCAAACUGUGAGGCAGUUAUGGGUGUCUUGAGGAAGAACAAAGAUAUUCUCUUGAUGCUACUAGAAGUAUUUGUUUGGGAUCCUCUAGUUGAAUGGACACGGGGAGACUUCCAUGACGAUGCAGCGAUUGGUGGCGAAGAGAGGAAGGGCAUGGAGUUGGCAGUGAGCCUGAGCUUGUUUUCUUCUCGAGUACAAGAAAUUCGUGUUCCUUUGCAGGAACAUCAUGAUCUGUUACUAUCUACUUUGCCAGCUGUUGAAUCAGCCCUUGAGAGGUUUGCUGAUGUGCUAAGUAAAUAUGAACAUGUCUCAGCCUUGUUCUUCCGAGUUGAUCAAGAAAAAAAUAAUCUCAUAUUGCAUGAGGCAUCUGCAAAAUCUAUAGUUGCUGAAGUUACUUGCAACUCAGAGAAAAUUCGAGCUUCUUUUGAAAUUCAUGCCCGAGAGUAUUCUCAGGCAAAAGCCAUGGUGGCUGAGAAAGCUAAAGAGGCAACAACCUGGAUCGAGCAGCAUGGAAAGGUCCUUGAUGCUCUUCAAAGCAGCUCGGUUGCUGAAUUAAAUCCGUGGUUAAAGCUAAGUAGUAUGCGAGAAAGUCUGUCUCUUACAUCAGCAGUCUCUGUGGCAGGGGUCCCGCUUUCUGUUGUUCCUGAGCCUACCCAGGCUCAAUGUGAUGAUAUAGAUAGAGAAGUAUCACAAGUUGUGGUGGAUUUGGAUCACGGGGUGGCUUCUGCACUGACUGCAAUUCAAGUGUAUUCUUUAGCUUUACAAAGGAUUCUUCCUCUAAAUUACCGAACAACCAGUUCUGUAAAUGCCUGGGCACAAGUUCUACAGUUAUUCUCUGAUGUGCUAUCCUCUGAUGCUCUUUCUAUUGCGAGAAGACGGGCAGCUGAAUUGGUUUCUCAUAUCUCGACCGCUGGUCAUGAAUCAAUCAAGCUUGCGCAUGAUAAUCUCUCCCGUACACUGGAUAAGUAUGUCCUUGAUCUUGAAAAAGUUGAAAAGGAGUGUUCCGAGGUGAUGAAUACUGUUGGCUCGGAAACUGAAUCAAAAGCUAAGGACCAUGUCCUCUCUAGCUUCAUGAAGUUCAUGCAAUCUGGUAAUAUAGAGAGAGAGGAUGAAACCCAUCAUGAUGCGAGAAAUCAAAGUGAAUUGUCAGAGAAGGAGAAGGCAUUACUUGUGUUGAAUUUAGCUGUCAUUGCUUUAUAUACUGAUGUGAGGGGUAGGGUAUUAGGGAUAGGCAACACAGUAGGACUAGGGAGUUCAUGCGAUUUCUCAUCAUUAUUUGGUGAACUUGAAGGGCAAGUAGAGAAAUGCAACCUUUUCAGUGAGUUUCUGAAUGAAGUGAGUCAGAGUGCUCAGUCAGAAACAUCAAAACUUCUAGUAGAUUUAGACAAUCGGGAUUCUGAUGAAAAACUUCCGUCCAUUUUUAAAAGAAAUUUGGUUUCCUGCAAAUUCUUCAUUGAUCAAUUGAUUGAGGAUGUUCUACCUGAUUUAGCAAGAGCUACAAUUUCUUAUAAUUCAGAAGUUCUGGACAUGUUUGAAUCAAUUGCACAGCUUCGGGCCUCUACUGAUGCUGCUCUGGAGCAGCUAAUAGAGGUUGAAAUGGAGAGAACAUCUUUGGUUGAGCUAGAAAAGAACUACUUUGUGAAGGUUGGUCUCAUCACUGAGAAGCAGUUGGCCCUUAAGGAAGCUUCUUUGAAGGGUCGGGAUCACCUUUCCUGGGAAGAAGCUGAAGAACUUGCCUCUCAGGAAGAUGCCUGUAGGGUACAGCUAGAUCAGCUUCACCAGACAUGGAACCAGAGGGACAAGCGUGCUUAUUAUCUCCUUAAGAGGGAAGCUGAAGCUAAAAAUGCACUGAUUUCGACCGAGCGCCAUUUUCAAACUCUGUUUAAUGCUGAAGAGGGUGGCGAAUUGCACGGUUCAAGGGCCAAAGCACUGUUGAUUGCAUUGAUCAAGCCUUUCAUGGGUUUAGAAUUGACUGACAGAGUUCUGUCCUCUUUUACCAAUGCUUUAGCUUCCUCUGGCAUGACUCAUAACUUGGCAGAUGUCAGGAUAUCUGGGCACUCACUGUCCGAAAAUGUCUGGAAGAUUGGUGGCUUGGUGAAUUCUCAUGCCUUCUUUAUUUGGAAGGUAUCUGUCAUGGAUUCUUUUGUUGAUUCGUGCAUACAAGAUAUUGCUUCAUCUCUCGAUCAGAACUUGGGGUACGACCAGCUUCUUAUUGUUUUGAGGAAGAAGCUUGCCAUCCAGCUCGAGAGGCACAUCAGUUUCUACCUGAAGAACCAUUUUAUUCCUUCUUUAGUUACUUGGCUGGAGAAGGAAAUUGAGCAACUAAAGCAAUUCAAGGGGGCAACAAAAGAGUUAACGUCUGAGUAUUUGAGGAUGGACCCUGGAGCCGUGAAGAAGGUCCAGCUUAUGCUUGAAGAGUAUUCUAAGGCACGUAAAACAGCACAAGCUGCAAGGUCCGCAGCGUCCAUUAUGGAAAAGCAGGUAAAAGAGCUCAGAGAGGCUAUUUGCAGGACUGGGAUUGAGAUCGUUCAGAUGGAAUGGAUGCACGAGUCACAGUUGACCCCUUCCCAUAAUAGCCUGAUUGCAUUGCAGAAGUUUUUUUCUGUUAAUGAUGAUCUGCGUCCACUUAUCCCAAGGCUUAGCCGAUCAAAAUUGUUGGAAAUCAUUCAGUCUGCUGUAGUGAGAAUAGCUCAAUCAAUUGAUAGCCUGCAAUCAAUUGAAAGAACUUCUCUUACGGCACAAGGACAACUUGAAAGGGCAAUGGGCUGGGCUUGUGGUGGUCCAACUCCAACUAAAAUGUCCGGGAUUCCUCCUGAAUUCCAUCAACAUCUCAUGAGGCGGCAGCAACUUAUGUGGGAUGCUAGGGAGAAGGCAUCAGAUAUAAUAAAUAUUUGCAUGUCAGUAUUGGAGUUUGAAGCAUCUAGGGAUGGCAUUUUGUGGGUGCCGGGAGAGGUUCAUCUGUCUGCAACUGGUAGCGAUAAUAGGGCGUGGCAGCAAGUGUAUUUCAAUGCACUCACAAGAUUAGAUGUUGCCUAUCAUUCAUUCAGCCGUCUCGAGCAGGAAUGGAAGUUGGCGAAAAGCAGCAUGGAGGCUGCUUCCAGUGGCUUGUAUUCUGCCACUAACGAACUAUGCAUUGCUUCCCUCAAAGCAAAGACAGCUUCAGAUGAUUUGCAAAGCACUAUUCUUGCCAUGAGAGAUUUUGCAUAUGAAGCUAGUGUUUCUCUAUCUGCUUUUGGUCGUGUCUCAAGAACUCAUACAGCCUUGACAUCAGAAUGUGGUUCCAUGCUCGAAGAGGUCUUAGCGAUGACUGAUGAUCUACAUGACGUGUACAGCCUGGGGAAAGAAGCUGCUGCAAUGCACCACUCUCUUGUGGAUGAUCUUUCAAAGGCAAAUGCGAUCCUUCUGCCACUGGAAUCGGUAUUGUCAAAAGAUGUCGCCACCAUGACUGAUACUAUAACAAGAGAAAGAGAGACGAAAGCGGAGAUCUCUCCCCUUCGUGGGGAGGCUAUAUAUCGAUCUUAUUCUUCUAGAAUCAGGGAAGCUAGUCAAACUUUUAACCCCCUGCUACCAUCACUCAUGAUAUCCGUGAAGGGUCUGCUCUCUCUGUUGACCAGGCUUGCAAGGACAGCGAGUCUGCAUGCUGGCAAUCUUCAUAAAGCAUUUGAAGGAGUAGGUGAAAGCCAGAGAGAAAAAUCACAGGGAUUUGAUUUGUCCAAGGCAGAUUUUGAUGGGGAAGGCUCUUCCUCUGUUGAUGGUGAUGGGGGAGAGCAAUCCCGCUAUGAUGAGGGUGACACCCAGGAUACUUUGGGCUUUUCUGGUCUCUCUUUGAAUGAGAAAGGAUGGAUAUCUCUACCAGAUAGCAUCUGCACUAGUAGCUCGGGAUCUGAAUCUUCUAUUACUGAAGUAAGUGUUUCAGAUGGCUUCCGUGACUCAACAGAAGAGGCGUCACAAGCAAAGCUGCCAGAAUUCAAGGAUCCUGUAGGACCCACAGAUGGAGGGUCAGAUCACGAAAGUCCUGUCCAAAUUUCACAGUCCCUGCUUGAGGAGAAUGAGGAGUUGAAAUCUGGGGCUAAAGAUGAAACUUCCUCCAGAAAAACUAGGAUUGAAGAUGAUAGCGAUGAAGCUCUUAGUACUAAUAAACAUAUGAAUGGUCCGGUAAUCAGGGGUAAAAACACUUAUGCAAUGUCGGUUCUGAGGCGUGUGGAGAUGAAAUUAGAUGGUCGGGAUAUCUCUGACUCCGGACAAAUUAGCAUUGCAGAGCAGGUGGAUUAUCUGCUUAAGCAAGCUACAAGCGUGGACAACCUCUGCAACAUGUAUGAAGGUUGGACGCCAUGGAUUUGAGUCAUAGACAGGGGGAACUGUUUUCAUCACACCCUUUGGUGAGAACUUACUGGAUGAGCUCUAGAGGAGACCAGGGCUCCCUCCGUUGGUGAUACCCACCACCACAUGCAUUUUGGCAUGACGGCCGGUCAGAGGCAAUGCCUAGGCACAUAAGAAGUCUUCAGUGGGCUGUCGGGUGCCUCUAGGUGAAACUGUUUAGAGAGAUGCAGUCAGAGCAUACCCCGUGACACGCAGAGUGUCUUGUUGAUGGUUUCAGAGGUGGUUCUGAUGGGUCAGCGGAAGUGUCAAGUUUCUCCACGUUCAGAAAUGAAGAACCAACCUAAUGCCAAUUUGGAAUAGAGUAUAAAGAGAUCCUCGGCUUUUCCAAUUCAGGUGCAGAGCAAUGAUAAUGUCAUGCACGGGCAUUUCGGAUGUUCCAGAGUGGAUGCAAAAGUAUACUCAUGCAGAUGUGAGUUUUCUGCAACUGCAGCAAAUCCGGUUUAUGAAGUCAGUUGUCAAUUGUCAAUCUACUGCAGGUGAAGGGUCUUUGGGUCAUUGUAUAUACAUAGCUGCAACUCGUUUAGGAAUGUGAAUAGUACCGAAAGUAAGAUCCAAAUUUGGAUGGCCCGACGAUGAAUAUUGAAGCACAUCAUGUUCUUCAUGAUUUCUAACUAUGCAAAUGAACAGCUGGUGUGUGCGUGGGUGCAAA